AGGGCAGAAGUGGGCGGGGCCGCUCGCUCCUGGUGCUUGUGCAUUUAGACGCUGGGUUUGAAACCAGUGUCCCUGAGUGAAGGAGGAAUUACACUUUGAAGACACAGCCGGACCACAGUCACCACACAGUCAUCAUGCUGAUCCUCCUCGCUGGCAUCUUUGCCGUUCACAUCAUUGGCAUCGUCCUCCUCCUGGUGGCUACUAUCGACAAUGCCUGGUGGAUGACUGACACCAUGGCCACCGACGUGUGGGGCCGGUGGCUCCUGCAAGGUGGCAAAUGGAACUUCACCGAUCUUCCCGUAGGAUCACACUACCCACAAGAUUACCUCCAGGCAGUACAGGCCAGCUCCAUCCUCGCCUGCAUCUUCUCCAUCCUGGGCAUCUUCGUGUUCGUGGCUCAGCUCUUCACCCUGGACAAAGGGAAGAGGUUCACCAUCUCCGGCGUCUUCCAGUUCCUCGCCUGCCUGUGCAUCAUGAUCGCUGCCUCCAUCUACACAGACCGCUUCCACCUGGACGAGCAGGACGGCUGGUACGGCCACUGCUUCAUCCUGGCGUGGAUCUCCUUCGCGCUCACGCUCAUCUCCUCCAUCACUUACUUUGUGCUACGCAAGAAGACGGCAUGAGAAGGACACUGGAGCCCCCCCCCCCCCCCCCAACCGGCCCCUGCUCCUCUUGGCCGGAUCGACUCCUUCAGCUGAAAUCUGGGUUUCGUUCGAUUUUUGCAGAUUUGAGCUGCGGGUGUAAAUCCAGCUGCAGACGGAACAGACGUGUGGAUCCUCUCAGAUUCACACCAGGUGUUUUACUGAGUCUGUUCCAGAUAAUCAGGAUUUUGUUUCAAUUUGAGAGUUGGAGCCGGUUUUUCCUUGUGGGCGUCUGAGGAUCGAGAAUAUUAUUUUUGUAGUUAUCUGAACAAAAAAAGGCCUUUGAUGUUUAUAAGAUGAUAAAUUAAAAUCUAACAUUGUGUCUGGCUUGCAUCAGAAGCCAGAGAGUGAAAUCUGUGGUCUUUCUUUUUUUAGUAAUGUACAUUUAUAUAUGGAUACGACUGCUGGAUAAAGAGACGCGACUUUAAGAUUUUAGCAUCUUGUUUUUGUUUUUCUUUGGAUAUUAUAUUGUUCGUACUGUUACCUGCUCUGUUCUGACUUUGUAUAACGUGCCACUAGUUCACAAACCACACGAUGCUCGGUGAAUCUGUGUUGGUUCCAUCUCCAUGUCACGUGCUGAUCUGUGUGUAUCCUCACCGUGAAACUAUGCAAUGACAUAAAGUGAAAAAACCCAAAAUGA